AAUCAUUUAUCCAUAAAAUUGGAAUAGUAUUGAAAAUAUUUGAAAUAUAAUGAGUUUUCAAUGGACAUUGGUCGCCGGGUUUUUAUAUAUUGAGAUUGCUCUCGUGACUCUUUUUUUGAUGCCAUGGAUAAAACCUAGAAGAUGGCAAAAGAUAUUCAAAUCGCGAUUGUUGAAAGCUUUGAACUUACAUUCCCAAUUAUAUUUUAGUGGAUUUAUUAUCAUCUUAAUCCUCCUUUUUUCAGACGCUGUUAGAGAAUCCUAUAAAUACCAAACCACUGUGGGCAUCGAUCCAACUAUCGCUGGCGUGGGGUCGGAAAAUCAGCUGAGAAUGAAGCUAUUUCGAGCUCAACGAAAUUUCUACAUCUCCGGGUUCGCCCUUUUUCUUUGGCUGGUUUUGAGGCGCCUGAUAACACUCAUCACUUAUCAAGCAUACCUGGAAGCCACUACAGAAUCUUCGAUGAAGCAGGCUCUAAGUGCCACGCAAGCGGCUAACAAGCUCAUAUCCGAGAGACCUAAUAGAAGGAAAAUGAUGGGAGGUGACGACGAUAGCGGAGAGGAGGAAUUGGACGACGCGGAAGCCGAAAUGAUGAGAAUCAAGGAUGAGCUAGAUAAUACUAAAAGAGAACUCGAGAUAACAUCUGGCGACUUGGAAGUCAUGAAAAAGCAAGCCCAAUCGGUCAACACCGAAUACGAUAGAUUACUGACGGAACACGCUCAAUUACAAAAAAAAAUUGAAAGAAAGGAUUCUGGCAACAAGAAGAGUAAUUAAAGUUUUCGCAUAACAAAAACUCUUAUCAUUCUUAUAUUCAUUUCGCAAUUGAAUAUUUUACAUUAAUAGCAUUAAUUUUCUUCAUUAUUAUAAUAUUUAAAAAAAAUAUAUAUAUUACGUGUCAGAUAAUUAUUUAUUAUUUUUUUGAAAUUAGCUUAAAAUAUUGUGAUUUUGUAUUUUUAAUGGGUAUCA